UAUAAAAGUUAUUGUACUGUAAGCCUUUAGAGAAAAUCAUUGAAAAUUUCUUUCCAGAUCCGAGAGAAGGAAGUUUUUGGUGUGAAAUCUUCAUUUCCCGUCUUUGUAAGAGGACCAUAAGAGGACUGGGUUCUAAAGUAGCUAUCUCCAAGAUGGCGGACAAAUCAAUCGUAGGGAGCACCGUGCGGUCCGCUUCUUAUAAUGUCGCCCUUCAAGUCACUUUCAGGAUUCUCACGUUUUUUAUGAACGGGAUCCUAAUGCGGUUCAUCUCUAGGGAUAUGCUUGGGGUCGUGAAUGUCCGCCUUGUGCUUCUACAACAAACGAUCACCUUCGUUUCUCGCGAAGCCUUCCGCAAGUCUUGCCUCACCAAGUCAGCAAGUGGGUCUGAACAACACUGGCCGCAAGUUAUAAACCUGCUUUGGUGCGUGUUUCCCAUAGGCGUAGUGACCUCUGCUCUUCUUGGGUUUGUAUGGAUCUAUUAUCUUGAGAAGCCCGACCCGAAUAUAGUAGCAAACUACUCCCUUGCAGUGGUAAUUUUCGCGUCUACUGGAGCAAUAGAGCUUCUGUCUGAGCAACUGUGGGUUAUUUCUCAAGUUUUCCUGUUCUUUCGACUUAAAGUCGUAAUAGAAGGGAUUGCAAACUUUGUGAAGUGUGUUCUGACUGUCUUUCUUGUCAUAGUAUUCCCCGGUCUUGGAGUUAUGUCUUUUUGUUUGGCCCAAGUUUCAUUUUCAGUGCUGUCUGUGGGACUGUACUAUGCAUAUUUUGUACACCAGCUUCAAACAGGAGAAGCAUCCAAAAUUAAUGAUUUCCCAUUAAAGUCUAUGACUGACUGUUUACCAGCUAUCAUACCGGGCAAGGCAAUAGUUAGCCUAGAAAUGGCUAGUCUGACCUGGAGUUUUUUUAAGCAGUCUUUCUUAAAGAAGAUUCUCACUGAGGGAGAACGCUUCAUCAUGACUUUAUUCCAGGCACUGACAUUUGCAGAACAAGGCAUUUAUGACGUUAUCAACAACUUGGGAUCACUUGUUGCAAGGUGUGUCUUUAUGCCGAUUGAAGAGAGUUAUUACACUUUCUUCUCGCACGUGCUGUCUCGGGGAAAACUUGCAAAAGACCAGCCCGGUGAAUCUGCCAAAAUGGCUGCACAGGCUCUUGAACUGGUGCUAAAGUUUGCAGUGUUGGUUGGGAUGACAAUAUUAGUGUUUGGCUAUGCAUACUCGUAUUUGUUGUUGGACAUCUAUGGAGGCUCAAUGCUUAGUGGAGGCGAAGGCUCAUCCCUACUCAGAUGGUACUGCGUCUAUGUUCUAAUCAUUGCUGUUAAUGGGAUUACUGAGUGUUUCAUGUUUGCGGCAAUGAGCAAACAGGAUGUUGACCUGUAUAACUACAAGAUGAUGUUGUUCUCUGUUAUUUUCUUGUUUGCAUCAUGGUACCUGACAAUCUUUGGGAGUGCUGGGUUCAUCAUGGCAAAUUGCCUAAACAUGCUACUCAGGAUUGCUCACAGUAUCGGGUUUAUACAGCAUUUCUUCAAAGAAACCCCAAAUCUUCAGCCUCUAGUUGGCCUGGUGCCCUCUCCGAUGGUCGUUGCUGCUUACUUUGCCUCUGCCGUCAUAACCAUUGCUUCUGAGAUUCUGUUGUGCUGUGAUCAUGGAUGGGGAUAUCGUAUACUGCAUAUUGCUAUUGGCGCCGCUUGUCUAUUUUUCACAGGGAUGAUAGUAUUCUUCAAAGAAACAGCUUUAAAAGGCUUUGUGUUACAACAAAUGCUUGGAGUUAAAAAAAAAGUUGAAUAGAAGGAUAUAUGUCACAGAUAAUUUAUUGAUAUUUACCUUUGAUUAGAUUUCAUUAGCACCCUGAAACCACCCUGGAGACUAUGAUUCAUUUUACUUAUGGAAUUUGCUUGAGUGAUCUGGGCCAUCUGACUGGUAACCUUUUUUUCAAAUUAAAAACAAGCUGUAAUUCCAGCUUAUUUAACCGUCAUAGUUACCAGUGCCGCCACCUUUUUGUAUCAAUUUCGAAUCCAAAUUGUCUUAUUAAAAUCUUAUUAAACAAGUAUCCUUGUCCUCCUUUGUGAGCGGAAGAGGAUAGCCAAUUCAUAGAUCAUAUUUGCUGACCCUGCAUUCAAGGCACAAACACAUGCUUGAAACGCAAAUUACCGUUGUGCAACAAAUGUUGCAUACAACAUACUGUCCGGUAAUAAUUAUAUUUCCAUAGCUGCACCCAGUAGCAUUCAUUAUUUUUCAAAUUGCGACAAUAAUGAAAUCUUAGCAGUAACUGGGAAUGAAUCCUAACAGAUAUAUAUUUUUCAUCUUUAGUGUAGUUGAGCAUAGGUCACUUUUUCAGGCCCUUUUAUAAACUGGAAGUUUGUUGCGAAAGCACGAAAAGACUGCAAAAAGUUGGAAGGUUCAGGCAGGGAGAACGUAAAUACUGGCAAAGAGUCUAGGAUGGCUAAGGCACCUAGACUCAAAUAUCCUAAAAGGAAUUACAGAAUGUCCCUAUUUUUUUUUCCAUAGACUGGACUGCUAGAAAAACUAUAGAAAAACAAUACUACAAAGCUUCUUGGGUCAGAAGCAACAAAUCAUAGGACAGCUACACCAGCACACAAUAUGAUGGGCGAUUUGACAAACAAUUGAUGUGAAUAUAUUUUAAGGGAACAAUAUGUACAGCUACAUACCUUUAUCUUAAACAGUACUUGUAUAUAAAUAACAAACAUUACUAAUUAAUAUAAAAAUAAGUAUAGUGGCUAUAUUUUGUACAAUGGGUAAAAUAACAUGGUCACCAUAUGUACACCAUA